AUGCCACCACAAGAAUAUGCUUUGCGGAAGAAAUUCCGCAAGCGUCGGCAGCUGAGCUGUCUCCCAUGUCGCCAGCACAAGCUCAAAUGUAACCGGAAGUUGCCCUGCGAGACCUGCACACGGCACAGCCGGACUGAUGCAUGCAGGCAACAUCCAGCUCCUGAUGCACAGAAGCGCCCCGAGACGGCGCUGACUCCCAGGACAGCUGUGGUUUCGAUUGUUCCAAGCCAGCCAACGCCAGGACCUGUUUCACAGCAGAGCACUGAGCAGCCUCCUGCUCCUCUGCUGCCUACCCCUGGCUCCACGCCGAAUCUGAGAUCUAGUCAGCAAGCUGGAUCUUCUUCAAUUGCCGGGAAUACACGACAAAGUGGCCUGGGAAGUGCAUGCAUGUACUCUCCCACGCCAAUCGUCCUGUCGCAAGCUGCACUGUCGAACCUGGGCGUGCCCUCCGGGCUGUAUAGACCGCAUAACCCGUUUGAUAUGGAAAACUUCUGGAGAUCUCAACUUACGGCUUUGCUGCCGACGCACAAUCAGUGCGACAUGCUGAUUUCCUUCUAUCUCGAACACAUAAACUGGAUAUACCAAGCGGUGCAUGUCCCUAGCUUCCGGAAGCAGUACUUCCACUUCUGGGACGGCCAUAUGGAUGAUGUUGACCUGAUAUGGCUGUCUCUCUUAUUCACGAUGCUCUCGGUCACUGCUUUGGUUAUUACCGACGAGUUUUCCGAGGCGGUUGGCUUUGACGCCAAGUCAGUUCGAGACCUGGCGCAUACCUGGCACUUUGCUUCAAGACAAGCUUUGUAUAGUGGUGGCUUUGAGUCGAGGCCCAGGUUGAUGCAACUGACCACUUUCUUGGUCACCCAGACAUACUGGCUUGCAAUCAAAAGUGCAGAGGCCAUGCAAUCGUGCCUGGGACAAGCUGUUCGCAAUGCGCAGGCCUUACACCUGGACCAAGGUAGCCGUGGGGCGAACUGCCUGGACACGGAGAUGCGUCGACGCAUCUGGUGGGAUUUAUGGUGCUGCGACACCUUCCAGUCUCUGUUAUUUGGCCGCACCCCUUUGAUCCAGACGGGAGAAGACAGAGUGCCAUUCCCCUCCAACUGCAACGAUCACGAUAUCACCGAGUCUGCUGUGGAUGUCCAACCUUCCGAUGAACCCACUGAACUGAGCGCGAAUAUCGCCCGUGCAGAAGCCUUCAAGAUUCUCCGGCGACUUUUCAAGGACGAUGGCGCACAUCUAUCGUCCUGGGAACAUGUAAGCUUGGUCGACGAGCAGAUUCAAGCCGUGAUCGAUACUUUCCCGUGUUACCGAAGCCUUUCUUCUUUCACGGAACUCGACCCUAUCCCGCCGCAUCUUCAGGCUCUACAAUCGCAGUAUCAUAGCAUCCACAGCUCAUUAUGCACUCAGCGGAUCCGGAUGAUGCGACCGUUUCUUGGAUCGAGUCUCAACAAGGCCUACGACGUAUGUCUCCAGGCUACUCAAGAUAUAAUGUCCGUAUAUAAAUAUUUGCGCAGCCACGAGUCAUUCCGACGGAACCCCAAGUUUUACAUUCAGGCCUAUGAGACCUACACCUCUACCGUGCAGCUCGCCGCCUUUCUUCUGGUGGAACCGUCAUUCCCUCCCGAUACCAUUAGAGGAGACAUCGAGAUGGUGAUUGCAGACCUCGAGGCCGGACCGCACUCCAUUCCAAUUAUCCGAGAUGGAAAGAAGACUCUCGAAAGGAUGUUACAGAUAUACGACCGCCGUGGACAAGCGUCUGCGGACUGCGACUCGAUUGCGCGUGAGAUUGCGCCGGUGUUUGGCGGAGGAGAACACUCUGCGAGGAGAUACCUGAGCCGGUGCGACAUUGCAUAUCUGCUGGACUUGAACUCGGCAGACAGCCCGUUGUCACUCGACUUGGGAGACAUGGAUAACAUUUGGGACUUUGACCUUGCCUCGGCCAUGCCGUGGAUCCGGGAUGUAUUGAUUUAG